AUGCGAACUCCUUGGCCUUUUCACACUUGGGGGCUUGACUUAAUUGGGACAAUCCAUCCACCCUCUGACGGUUACAUAUGGAUCCUCACUGCCACGGAAUAUUUCAUGAAAUGGGUCGAGGCAAUUCCUCUUCGGAAGGCCACAUGGGUUGUUAUCUCAAAUGUUAUUCGGGAAUACAUUGUGUGCAGGUUUGGAAUCCUAUACAAAAUUGUUACUGACACUGGCACUUCUUUUGUUAAUAAGCAGGUGAGCUCGACACUUAGUGACUACGUUAUCAAGCAUCAUUGCUCCACGCCUUAUUACCCACAGGGGAACGUUCAAGCGGAGGCCACCAACAAAACUAUACUGAGAAUUUUGAGCAAAAUGUACGAAGGUGGUUGGAGUGUUCAUCUGCCGAAUGCUUUAUGGGCUUAUCGCACCUCUCCAAGAAGUCUCACAGGUUUCUCGCCUUAUUCACUUGUAUAUGGGUCCGAUGCUAUCUCACCUGUAGAGAUCACCAUUCCCACUACCAGAGUAUUAGCUAUCAACAAUCUCGAAUGGGAUGCAAAGUCAUGCUCGGACUGGAGCUUACUAGACCUCGAAGUUGUGGACAAAAAAAAAAGAAUGGAAGCCGAAAGAAGGAUAACACUUUACCACAAAACUGUUGCCCAAGCAUAUAACAGGACAGUCAAGCCUCAAGCCUUCAAGCAAGGAGAUCUCGUGCUAAAAGUUGUUGAGCAUGUGAGAAGAUAA